AAAAAGAAUGGAACUGAGGCUAGGAAACCCUAAACAGGGAUCUCCAAUCAAUUAACAAUCGGAUACCAUGUCAUGGCAUAUUUUAGGAGUGUAUAUGUUACUUUAUCGGUAUUCUCUAUGACCCAACCAAUCAUGUAAGCUUUACAAAUUGAGGUACGAUUCACUUAAAGAUUUUAUAGUAUGGUUUCUGUUCAGAACUUCAUAAUUCCAUUAUUUCUACUACGACUUUCUACCCGCACCAUUGCCCAUGCAAAUUUCUAUCCGCCGAAUAAGGAACUGUGAUAAAACAUUUUGCAGCUCCGGUCCACGAUACUUCAAUCCACCUCCUAUUCAUCCAGGUGAAGACAAUCAAUUACAAUACCUCCCAACGGACCAGAUCUAGUAGACAAACCCACACAUGGUCAACUGUGCAAAUGUAACUGAGAGGACAUGGGUUCGACGAAGCGUGGUGGUUCUGGUUGGGUAUUCCUAGCCGACAUGUGUUCAUAGUUACAUAUGUCUUGGUACCGCAGGCCAGACUGUAUAAUUGUAAUGUAAUUGUAAUAGUAAUUGUAGUGAUUUGGUUGAAAAAAAUAGUCUGACAGAAGAAAUAUAAAGAAGUUAACUUUCCAAAAAGGGCAGAAGUAUAAUAAAGUUAGUAUAAAAAUUGCACAUUAUCUGUAGAAUCUAAUUGAAAAUGAUUUCAACAGCAUGUAUCCUUGCCUUAUGUGUCACUUUUUCAGGAUAUACUUGAGGAAACUGCAAGUGUUUUUAUUCAACAGUAGCUAUAAAAUUAUCCCAGUGGACUUGCGACUAUUGGCGGACUAAAAAGGUGCUAAAUAGGCGCCAGGAGUUGUGUGCUGACUAUCCAUCACUGCCCCGGAGUAUUUAGCAUUUUUUUAGCGGCAACUACUUAGCAACAGGUUGCAAAGGACUAAGCAAUUUCUGGGAUGAGUUGCGCUGCACCGCGAUGCCGACCGCAGUUUGGAUCCUGUGGGUCUGGUUGUAAGCCCUCUGGCGGAGGAGGCUGCUGCGGAUCCUGCUGCGGAGGUGGUUCCUGCUGCAGGGGUGGCUGCUGCGGCGCAGGAGGGUGCUGCGCCUCAGGAGGGUGCUGCGGCGGAUCCUGUGGUGGAUCAUGUGGUGGAUCCUGCGGCGGAUCCUGUGGCCCACCGCCCUGCGCCGUGGUCUCGUACCGCCUGACCUGCGGUCCCGUGGGUCCCCUGCUGCCCUGCAUGAAGUGCACCUGCAACUGCGGAUGUUGCAGCGGCGGCUGUGCGCCGCCCUUCUAUUUUGUGCCGAACAAAUGCAAGAAUUGCUGGGAGUGGGGCUGCUUUGGGCCGCUGUACUAGUACCCUGUAGUACCCUGUUGUUGCACUUGUUUGGAACUUUUCAUAUUUUUGAAUGCAAUAAAUUCACGUGUCGGACAGACCUAUUUGCGCCCUUUUUUGUUGCCUUUUUGACAGGCUAACAAAUGACCGGGUCCAGUUUCAGGGUUGCCAAAGUUUGUGCCAUGAAAAUCAUUUAACAUUCGAACUUUUGUUAGCUUGCCCGCAAAAAAGAGUGAAAUGGGCAGGCAAAAGUUUCCAUUCGAGAGGCUAGCAAAACAAUGGGAAAAUGGUCAAAAUCUGCAAGCUGCUUGUUUUGGUUUUGCAUACGAAGUGAAUGCGGGGGAAAAACAAAAUAUUCGUUCGAAAACCUUCCAAUCUAUUUGGUUACACGACGUACUUAUGUAGGUCAUGGAUCUGACAGUUUUUGUUCAGCUAUUCGGUUGUAUUUUUUAGCCACGCUUGAAUAGCGAAGACAGGUCAAUUGAACGAACUUUUUGACAACGGUGCGGGCCACCAAAAUAUUUUCGUUUAAAAACUGCCGCAGUUAAAACAAAUUGACGCGUUUCUGACCAUAAAUUUCUGUUUUAAUUAAAUAUCAAUUUUAUUUGUUUCACUAACUAUUCAUUAGUUUUGGUCAGGAAACACAGACACACAAAUUUACUACCUAAUUAAAUUUGGCAAUUCUCAUUAUUACCGCUGUUAAGAUUUGUUAGUAAAAUUAUUAUCCAAAAGCCUCUCUUUAAGGGGAAUACGAUUUAAAAUAA